UCUGUUUAGUGGCUCGUCCCGCCCCCCCCUCCCCAGCAGCUCGCUCGGCUUUCCUGCGCCAGCGGUGGUGUGUCACCGAGGCUGGGCUGCUGCUGCCGGAGAGACCCGGAGUCAGGGCGAACACCCGAACUGGCAUCGCAGCGGGGCUGAGGGGCUGCCCCUGCGAGUUUAAAAACCCGAAACACUGCUUAGGUCGGAUCCUACGCCUGUCUCCAGUCACCACCGCCCGUCCUUCCUGAUGUCGGACUUCAAGCUCGGGAUCGUACGGCUCGGCCGUGUGGCCGGGAAGACAAAAUACACACUGAUCGAUGAGCAGGACAUACCUCUUGUGGAGAACUAUGCGUUUGAGGCGCGCAUGGAGGUAGACGCGGACGGCAACGGAGCGAAGAUCUUUGCCUACGCGUUCGACAUUGGUAAAGGCCGCUGGGCAGGACGGCCGUUACAUGAGCUCCUCUGGGAGAAGCACAGAGGAGGCAUCGCCCCGAGUUUUCAAGUCAUCCACAUCAACUCGGUGACCGUCGACAACCGGCUAGACAACCUGCGACUGGUGCCAGUGGGUUGGAGCCCCAAGCCGGAGGAGAUUUCCAGCAAGCAGAGAGAGCAGUCUCUGUACUGGCUGGCCAUCCAGCAGGUACCGGCCGACCCUGUGGAGGAGCAGUAUCUGGAGCUAAGCCGCACACGCUACUACAACGCUAACGGGGAGCUGGUGGAGGAAGAGGAGUGCUCUUGCACCUAUUAUGAGUGUCACUAUCCUCCUUGUUCACUCAUUGAGAGGAGGCUCCGGGAGUUCAACAUCUGCGGCCGCUGCCAGGUGGCACGUUACUGCGGCUCCCAGUGCCAGCAGAGGGACUGGCCCGCCCACAAGAAGCAGUGUCGCGAGCGCAAGCGGGUGCUGGCCCUGGAGUCGGAGCCCGAACGAUGAUCUGCCCUCAUCCUCGCCUGGGAGAGGAGGAGGGAGGACAGGGGGCGGGGAGGGGUAGGGCACGGUUAUUAGACUUUUGGGAGGGGAGCGGGGGAUGAAGUGCAAAACGAGUGGGAGGGGGGGGAUUGCUGACAAGAGACUAACGACAGAGGACAAUGUUGGUUACUUGAUUGUUUGACGGAUUCAGGGGGUAAGAAGAUGGAGGAGGGGAAGGAGGAUAACGCAAAAAGACAUCUGCCACUUCCCAGAACUGGUAAUUCUCCAUAGCUUGCUUUUCAUGUGGAUGACGGGGAAAGGUAUUAUUUGGUUUUUUUUUGUUUGUUUGUUUUUUUUUUUCUUUAUUUUUCUCGAGGAGGGAGACCCUCGAGCUCUACCUGCUGCUAUGGUUUUGUAUGUGAGGGGGGUGGAAAAAGUUGUCUUGCUGAUGAACUGGACAAGCUUCUUUGAACCACAGUACGGACAGUCGUCGUCGUCAUCCACUUUUGUUCCUCCACCCGGCCCGCUGGGUGUGGUGACGUCUGUGCAAACAGGGGUGGGUGGGGGGGGGGGGACCCCAGGGGCUGCAGUACCCGUCGUUCAGCUGGUACAAUGGGACAUGGACCUUUUCACUGUAUCGCUCCCUUUUCUGACCUCUCUGGUGCACAUGGCUGCUGUCUUCAUGGUCAUCGACACCUUUAGCCGCUGCCUCCCUGUCUGUCGUAUCCCCUCUACGCCACCCCCACGCAGCCAACCACGACACACAUCAGAUAGAUUUCACUGAUUAAAUCACACUACCAGUAUUGAGUGUGUGUGUGUGUGUGAGAGCGUGUGUGUGUGUGUGUGUGCGUAUGUAUGCUUGUGUGUGUGCUGCCAAUAUGUACUGAAGGACAUUGACAUGGUCAACGUGGCUCAUGGGCAGGGUUAAUGUAUGUCUUCUAUCUUCUUAAAGGGGCCAUAUUACACAGUUUUAAAUUUCAUAUUUAAUCAUAAAUUGGUAGGUUUCAAAUAUUUUCACUGUUCUAUAAUAAAGUAGCUGCCAAAUAAAGGCUGUAAUUUUUUUUUUUGUAGAAGUUUUCUUGACCCCAUUAUCAUUAUUUUUCUAUCAAUUUGGUCAGACUUGUUUUUGUUUUACGACGAGAUACAAAGUUUUAAUCGCCUGAAGUGACUGGAUUUGUUCAAAUUCAAAUCAAAAUUUGUCCAGUUACUAUUUAAAAAGCUGGUCUUGGUGUUAUUGGUACUUUAACAGGGCUUGUUUUACAUGAUCCCACACAAACAAACUUCUUAUGUUGAUCACAGAUAAAAAGAGACAGCUCUCUCAUGAUCACAAAAUAAGCAUUUCAUGUUAUGAACGAGGAAACAAAAUGUAAGACACUAUCUCUACCAAAGUCUACUAUGACCUGUAGUUUGGCACUCCUGUAUCAGCUGGUUUAAAUCCCUCCAGUCAGUUGUUCUUUGCUGUUUUUUUUGUUGUUUUUUUUUAACAGACACCUGUCUUUUCAAUUGUAUUUUUGCAUCUGCAGGGUUACGGUAUGUUUGUGUCGGACUCACAGGGCGGGGCGGGAGGGGGUUUAGCACUCAGUUUCUCGUGAGAGUUUGCUCUAAGGGUUAUUUUUUUGAAGAAAUUCUAUCAAUGGAGCUAUAUUUAUUUAAAACAUUUUGAUUGUGAAACAUGUUUUUGUCCUGGUGAUAUUUGAAGGCAAACAUUAUAAAAAGAAAAAAAAAAGUGGGACCUUUUUUUAUGUCGCAUCUUUUUGGGCAGGGAGGGGGACUGAACAUUUCAACCCCGUCACUUGAUUUUUGUUUUGUUUUUUUUUCCUGAUCCUGAGCGAGUGAGUCCUCCUCAGUAUUGCCCUUCCAGAUUUUCAAUGAAAACACUGCACACCAUCAUUGUCACUAAAAUCUUCCAUGUGAGAGGAGUGUAAAACUUGAAUCCCACCUCCCCCCCUUUACACACAUUUUUUUUUUUAUGAUGGAGAGUGGUUUUAUGAACGGAACCAUUUCCUGCUUCUUUUUUUGUUUGUUUGUUUGUUUUCUAAGACACAACAGUCCAAGUGAAAUUGUUCUGUGUCGACUCUAUCCUCAAUCGCCUGCCUUCCUUGUAUUACCUACAAUGCACACCUGCUUAUUGUGUCCUCUUGUGUCUUAGGUGAGGAGUCCAGACACUUAGUAAGCAUGUAAGUCACAGAUGUACAUGCGACUCAUUGAUUGUUUAUUUUGUAUGUGUGUGUGAACAGGUUUUCAACACUGCACUAAAAAUCUGGCUCCCAUGUUUAGCGUAUUUGUCAUAGAUGGGUUUGAAGGGAGGGGGUGUGAUUUUUGGAUUUGGAGUGUACAGAUUGUGUCUAAAAUCUUUUUUGUUUUGUAAGAAUAUAAACAUUAAUCACCUAGAAAUAAAGAGCUACAAUAUGUGAAUGGAAGUUGGGGAUAACUGACAGUUGCUUUUCCAAUGUAAAAUGAUAAUAAAUAAAAAUGAACCUCA